UGCAUUGGUAUUCGUUCUGAUUUGCCACGCUCUCCUUGGCCGCAUUUCGCUGGAAUACGAACGGACAAACCGGACGACGAAAAAAAUUACAAUCCCAUUUUCUACUGCAAAAAUUCAGCGUUUGCAGUGUUUAUCCACCGGGCAGGAUUCUUCGAAUACUGUCAAUACGCCGGUCACCAAUAAACCACAAACUAAAACUCGCAACUUUCCGUCCAUCUUUGAGUUGCGUUGCUCGGUUUGCCAGUUUCCGUGCGAAAAAUGAUGCACGAAAGCAUGAUCCUGCUUACGCCCCAUCGGAAGGAAGUGCUUGCUGGGUCGCAACGUUGGCCGCCAGUGGAUUACCGCACGCAGAAGGGUAAAGCGCUGCCCGUCCGGUUUCUGUUCGAGUGCGCUCAGAAGCUGGUUAUGAAACCGCUGACCUCUGCCACGGCCGCAGUUUUGUACCAUCGAUUUUUCCGCGCAACCAGCGACCCGGAGUACGAUCCAUACAUGAUUGCGUGCACGUGCCUGUACUUGGCGGCAAAGGCUAAGGACGAUAAGGUGCGCAAACGUGACAUCAUCAACGUGGCCCACUGCACCAUGAAUCCGGGUGCACAACCGUUGGACCUGUGCGAUGAGUACUGGUCGAUGUGGGACUCGAUUGUGCAGGGGGAGCUGUUCGUCGGUCGGAUGCUCAAGUUCGAUAUGACCGUCGUCCAUCCGCACAAGUACUUGGUGCACUACAUGAAAACGGUGAAAGAUUUGUUCGGUGGUGAUUGCUGGUACGACAUGCCCGUCGCCAAGGCCGCGGCCGCCUUCCUGCAGGAUUUCCACCACAGCGAAAAAGUUCUGGACUACCAGGCGCCGCACAUCGCGGUCUGCAGUUUGGCGCUAGCGUUUCAAGUGUACGGCGUUCAAGUGCCGCUCAUGAAGGAAGCCGAAGGGGUUGACCACUGGUUCAACGUUUUCUGUCCUGAUUUAACACGUGAUGCACACUGGGACAUAGUGGAAGACAUCAUGGACGUGUACGAGUUCGCCACCAACUGUUCGCUCACGUAGAGGAUGAUCCGAGUGACUCCACACCCGUCGAACAGCUAUGAUGGUGCAUUUCCCGCCCUGCCGAUAGCCUUAUCGGCGUCCCGUUCGAGAAAGUAUUUUGGAAGCCCGACUUUCAGCCCAUUUAGUUUUAGUUCGCCAUUCAAUCAAAUUUUUGCAUCCCCAUUCGUGAUACACAUAAUAAAACGUUAGUGAUGAGCUUUGUGACCCGGAACCACUGCUACUAUCAGGAUUCGUGAAACGGUAGCCACCGAUAUUCUACUUGUUUUGUAUUUAACAUUCAUGUGUGCGGUACAAUUAUACGAAUAUUAUAUCUCAAUAAACAUUCCCUAAUUGUGCCAA